AUGGAUUCCGACGAUUCCGACGAUGUUGAAAUCCAAGAGGACAAACCCGCGGACAAAGAAGAUGAUAAAGAUGCGAACGGAAAGAGAGCAAGUGGAAGUGGAAAAAAUGCGAAGAUUUCGAUGACGAAAGGCGAUAAUUAUACGAAGGUAAACAUUUUGUUUUGAAAAAGUGGAAACAUCUCAUUUUCAGCUGACGUUCACGCAGUGUAGCCGGAUCAUUUCACAAAUUGAAAUGAAUCCUUGUCUCUGGAAUCUGCGAGAAAAGGACUACAAAGACACGCCUUUGAAAAACGGUCUGUGGGCCGACAUAGAGAAGUCGGUGGAGUUUCUCAAGAGAGACCGAGGUAUCACUGGUUGCCACUAUAAAAGAUGGUGAUUUUGAUUUUUCAGGCUGUACUUUGCGGAAAGUUUGGAACACGCUGGUGGCCGCAUAUCGCGUAGAACGAAAGGCGUCGAUGAAACCAAGUGGGAGCUCGAGUGCAAAAGCCCGUCCUUCAUUCCCAUAUUAUGAAGAAAUGGGAUUUGGACAACGUAUACAGAGACAAAUCACCACCUCCGUAAGUGAAAGGUUAGGAGGCCGACUUAAUCCGAAAUCCUUCAGAAUUCACAAUGAAACUAUUGGAUUCGUCCGUCGAGAUGUUGGCGUCGACACUCCGAAAAGAAUGAAGAGGGAGAAGUACGACUGGCAAACUGGAAGCGACGACGCCGACGCCGAUUUGAAGCUAUUCAUGAAGGAGUCCCGCGAAGUUCUGAGAAGCUUCGGCCAGCGCAGAAACGACGGGAGACGGGAAUUCGAGGCAGUCACCAAGUUGCUGACUGAGACCCUCCGCUCGAUUCCUCCUACUUCCCAGCUUCUCCUUCAAGGAGAGAUAGCACAACUGUGCGAAAAGUACAAGAAGAAAGACGUCACGCUCACCACCGCCGCUUCGUCCUCAGGAUCUGGAGAAGGAUGGGAGAACCUGGACAAUUUUAAUUUUAAUUUUUAA